AUCAUUUUAACGUUAAUUUAACUGGCGGCGCGUCACCGAUAACAAACCAGUACAGCGCGGGUUAUGUCCAACUUUGUGCUUUUAUUGACUUAAUUUCCAACAGUUUGUAUUAAUUGCUGAGCCAGUGACCUCGCUGGCUGGAAGAGGACUCCUACAGGAUCAUCUGUCAAUCAGAAACUGCACAUGACGCACAGAGGAAUGAGAUAUUCAUGCCCGAUCAACGAAAUUGAUGCAUCACUGCCCUGCUAACCAAAUGUGAGGUUAUUCGAAGCUGCAGCAGCAGGCAAAAUCUUGUCUGAACUGAAAAUGUCUGAUACCAUAGUCGCCCUGUCCAACCACCAAGUUAAGAGCCCAGUUCCUCUGCUCCGCAUAGAGGCCCUCACCCCUGAGAGUCCGUACAGCAUCUCGUCACCUUCACCUGACUCCAACAGCAGUGUUUCAAACCUGAGUGACAGAGAAGCCAACUGCUCUCCUGACAUCAACGUACCAGAAUGCUGCAUCAGCGGCGGCUCCUUUGUGGAUGGCUCCUACAACACCGCCUUAGCACAGGAUAACAUAUUCUGUGGAGUAAGCAUGAACCUAAACCAAACUUUUAUUGCCACACCUGUUGAUGGCAGUGGGAAUUUCUGGAACGAGAACUUGAGUCGGAUGAGCAACCGUGAGACGGGAUCGGAUAAGUACCAAACUGUGAAGACAGACUCAGGAGAUGGAAGUGGCAGUGCAGUGACUUCUCCAGACUCUGCUGGGAGAGAAAGCCAACUGAGUUCAGGUGAGACUUCCCAAAGGAGCUCCACCGAGAACGUCUGCUGCUCCCUGAGCUCUGGGGAAAUGGUAAUAAGGAGCAACAGUUAUGGUCAGGAUCAGUCCCUCCUGGUAGGCUCGUUCCUGGAUGAGUCAUUUAUCCCUCUGGCUGCGGGCCAUCCAGAGUCCCCUGCUGAAUCUAACCUACUGUCAACUACUCUGCCGGAGGCCCUUGGAAAAUUCGCAGAAAGAGGCACUGAAGAGAACACCGACUACUCGUGUCUUGGCAUGACAUUUACUCAGGCAGACCUUCCCACUGAGAAAAACGAUAUGGCAACACCCAACUCUGUUGUAACUCUGCCAAGUGAGAAUGAGGGAGGUCUUUUGAUGACUUUUCUCUGUGAAUCAUCUCCUGCAGAUUGUGAAACCGAGGUGCUGUUAGCUGGUGUUGAAGCAGAGCUGGGUCCUUGUCUCCCUGGAGUAUUUACACCAGAACAAGGCAAGACCUUACUGUCUACUCUGUCAACUACACAACAAACUGAUUUGGAUAUUCAUACUUCCACUCCAGUGCAACCUGGUAACCCGAUGCCCUGCCUCCCCCCCUUCCCAGAGUCUCCCUGCACUGGAAAUGCCUUCAGCCCAGUACUCCACCCUGUUAAACAGCAGCAAGUCUCUGUGCCUGCUAACGGUUUGGUUGCGAGAACGGUCGCUGUCUGUCAGCAAAGUCUAGAAAAUUGAAUUUAAGAAGUUUCCCAAGUCAAACUUCAGCAGAGUAAAAUCUAAAGUUGUAACAAAAAGUAUGCAUCGAACGCCAGUGUCAGGCCCCGCUUCAGUGCACAAACCCUCACAAGCAAACGUGAACAAUAAACCCACUGUAGCACAAAGCGGGGCGCCUAUCAAGAAUGGUCCUGUUAAGUUCAGGAGUAGCGCUGCAGUUCUCUCCACCGCCAACGGAAUGGUCAAUGAUGCUCAGAGACGAGUAAAUAGAGAGGCCGCUAAUUUGGCCGAAACAAUUCUACAGUCUGGAAAUACUGCAGUGGAUGAACCAGGGACGAGUAGAGAAUCCCCACUCCUCCAGCAUCCAGUUGCAAAAUAAACAUGCUUCAGCAGUCCAACGCAGUUACCCCAGCUCUGAAGCAGAACAGACCGCCUCAGGCCGAGUAGCAGGCGCUGCGGCGCUGCGUCCUGCCAACCAGACUCUUUGCUUCUCAUCCAUGAGAAUAAAAACAAACAAAAGAGGCCAAACAGAUCCCAAACCAACUCCAAAAAAGGGCCUGUUAAACAAAUUUGAUCUCAGGUCAGGCUCAGCUUCAGGCGAGCAC